GACUGAAGAGGGGAGGGUGACAGUGCGGGUAUAGGGAAAAAUUGAUAUAAGUUUCAACGUGCCACUGGCCCUAACCGCAGUUGUCUGACCGCAUUUGGCGGAUAAGGAAGUCGGCUUAGAAUAGGAAAGUGUUUCAAACUUAUUUUCAAAACAAACAAAAAAUAAAAACUAAAUAAAAAUGUGGAAAUUUUGUGUUGUUUUUGUUAUUGUGAUUUGCUUCAGUGUUUCUCUGACGUUGUCGCAAGAUUUCGGCUAUGGCGGAAAACAUGGACCCGAACAUUGGAGUGAAGAUUUUAAGCGUUGCAAUGGCAAACAUCAAAGUCCCAUCAAUAUUGAUUUGGUAAAUGUCGUCGAGAGGGAAUUCUCACCGUUGGAGUUUACCAAUUUCGAUGCCAAACCGACGGGCAUACAAGUGAGCAAUAAUGGACACACAGUUCUGGUGAGAAUGACAUUCGCCGAGGGUGAUGAGCCGCGAGUCUUUGGUGGACCUCUGGCAGACCGUUCGCCUCGAGCAGGCUACCAGUUUGAGCAAUUUCACUUCCAUUGGGGCGAGAAUGAUACGAUUGGCAGCGAGGACCGUAUCAAUAACCAUGCCUAUCCCGCCGAAUUGCAUGUUGUGCUAAGAAAUCUAGAGUAUAGAGACUUUGCCAGUGCCCUGGGCCAGGAUCACGGUAUUGCUGUGUUGGCAUUCUUCUUUCAGAUUCAAGGCGCAGAUAAUCCAAAUUAUAAUGAGUUCGUUCAACUGCUGUCCACCAUAGAACGCAAAGAUAUGUCGGCCAACUAUACAAGACCAGUGCGACUACAGGACUUCCUAUCAUACGACUUGAUGAACUAUUAUAGCUAUAUAGGAUCAUUGACCACACCACCGUGCAGUGAGGAAGUUACUUGGAUUGAUUUCGAAACCCCAAUUGAUAUAUCUGAAUAUCAGCUAAAUGGUUUCCGUCAGUUAACCGCCCAUGAUGAGCACUUGAAAAACAAUUUCCGUCCCAUUCAACCGUUAAACGAUCGAACUAUAUAUAAGCAUAAACUGAGUGCACCGCCCACAGACAAAAUGGGUUCAAUUCCCUUUGUAAAUGUCGACAAUUUCGCUGGUAGGAUAAGUGCUAGCUCCGCCUAUUUCUACCUCCUUUCAACUUGCCUUUGCCUUUGCCUUCGCCUUGGCCUUGCCUCAGCUGGUUUUUCAAUAUAUGUUUUUUGAGUGCCUUUUAAUUAGAGCAGAGAGGAAAUGUA